AUUGAUAAACUUAGCUCCCUUUCACAAAGCUAUUCUCAGUCAGUGUAUUUGACAGCCUGGCCUGAACAGAAUGUGUUAGUCAUCAGAAAAAUAUUGAAUUGGAGCCGAUUCAUUAUUGAGUCAAUGAAAAAAAUGCAUGCUCUUUCCCCACAUCUUGGUAUCUCUAGUAAAAAAUGGGGGGGGGGGAGGACUUUAUUUAAGCUGAAAAAAAAAAAAAAAGAAGCCUCCUAACCUACAUCUCUGACAAUGUGAUAGACUUCACGGUCCUCUCUCCUUUUCCCCAGCAGGCAGAAGACUGAGCCUGGAAACUAUGCAUUUGAGAGACUGUCACGCCAUCCCGAAUACCUUGUGCUGGUGCUGUCAUCGAAAAGUGUGGCUGCAUUCUGGGGAGAACUGCUGCUUCCAUGACAGGAAGGAGCAGUCUCAGCACUGAGAUGAGCAGACGGCCAGAAGGGGCACACCAUGCAUAGAUAUACGACGAUCAAGCAGCUUGGUGAUGGCACCUACGGCUCUGUCCUCCUAGGAAGAAGUCUGGAGUCUGGAGAACUGAUUGCCAUUAAAAAGAUGAAAAGAAAGUUUUAUUCCUGGGAGGAAUGCAUGAAUCUUCGAGAGGUUAAGUCUUUAAAGAAGCUCAACCAUGCCAAUGUAGUGAAAUUGAAAGAAGUCAUCAGGGAAAAUGAUCAUCUUUAUUUUGUCUUUGAAUACAUGAAAGAAAACCUGUAUCAGCUAAUGAAAGAAAGAAACAAGUUGUUUCCUGAGUCAGCUAUUAGGAAUAUCAUGUAUCAGAUACUACAGGGACUUGCAUUCAUCCACAAACAUGGUUUCUUCCAUAGAGACUUAAAACCUGAAAACCUCCUUUGCAUGGGACCGGAACUUGUGAAAAUAGCUGACUUUGGAUUAGCCAGAGAAAUCCGAUCAAGACCACCUUAUACAGACUAUGUGUCUACAAGAUGGUAUCGGGCUCCAGAAGUUCUCCUGAGGUCUACCAACUACAGUUCUCCUAUUGAUGUCUGGGCAGUGGGAUGCAUCAUGGCAGAAGUUUACACGCUACGGCCGCUCUUCCCAGGUGCCAGUGAAAUUGAUACAAUAUUCAAAAUUUGCCAAGUGCUGGGAACACCAAAAAAGAAUGACUGGCCCGAAGGAUAUCAACUUUCUAAUUCCAUGAACUUCCGUUGGCCUCAGUGUAUCCCUAAUAAUUUAAAGACCCUGAUUCCAAAUGCCAGCAGUGAGGCAAUUCAGCUCAUGAGAGACAUGUUGCAGUGGGAUCCCAAAAAGCGACCAACAGCUAGUCAGGCGCUUCGAUAUCCCUACUUUCAGGUUGGACAUCCCCUGGGCAGCACGCCCCAUAGCCUUCAGGAACUGGCGAAACCGCAGAAAGAAUUCCACGAGAAGAUGGGACCAGCACCCCACAUGAAGCCUGUCCCUCCUGCGAACCCCCCUGCCAAACCGCACCCCCGCAUUUCUUCUCGACCCCACCAACCCAGCCAGCCCCCACAGCAUCUCAUCUACCCAUACAAAACAGAGGCUUCCACAGCCAACCCUGAGAGCCAGCUUCAAGGGGACCAGCCUAAUCCCGUACUUUUCCCAGCCCUCCACAACAAGAUUCCUCAGACUAAAAUUCUGGCUGGCAUGGAGCACCCAAACGGUGAAAUAAAACCAAAGAGUAGGAGAAGGUGGGGUCAUGUUUCCAGGUCAACUAAAGAUUCUGAUGAUUGGGAUGAUUUAGAUGACUUCGAUUUCAACCCUUCCCUCACCAGGACGGAUCUAAAAAAUAAGAAAAGACAGAGUGAUGAAACUCUCUGUAGAUUUGAGAGUGUUUUGGACCUGAAGCCUUCAGAGCCCAUAGGUACUGGCAACAGUGCACCCACCCACACUUCCUAUCAGCGACAAGACACCCCAACAUUGCGAUCUGUAGCCAAGCAGCAUUACUUGAAACACUCCAGAUACUUGCCUGGAAUACCUAUUAGAAAUGGUAUACUUCCAAAUCCAGGCAAGGACUUUCUUCCACCUAAUUCAUGGUCUGGUUCUAGUCUAUCUGGAAAAUCUUCAGGGUCAGUAUCAGGAAUCAGCAGAAUGAACUCAGUUGUUUCAGGCUAUUCAGGAUCCAGCAGACUGGCUAGUGGCUAUUUCCCUUCGUUUCUGAAAAAAGAAGUGGGUUCUGCAGGACAGAGGGUACACCUAGCUCCCAUUUCAGAUCCUCCUCCUGGUUACGCUUCGCUGAAGUCUGUGAGACCUCAUCAUAAUCGCCCCCUUUUCCAUACCCAGCCCAGAAGUACCCCAGGAUUAUUGCCUCGCCCCCCCGCAGCCCAGCCUGUCCAUGGACGUACUGACUGGGUUUCUAAAUAUGCGUCUAGACGGUGACAGGCAUGAAGCACUUUGCACUGAGGAGCAGGAAACUUUUCAUCAGUAAUGAUGGUGAAGAUAACGAUGAUGUCCCCACCUGCAAUCAGCAUGAGAAAUGACCACAAAGA